AUGGCAACCUCGGUCCAGACUCUUCCUUUGACUCGUGGCCCCAGCAAAAACUUCCGCGACCCCUGCCCAGCCCCACCCCUGUCCCCACGUUGCGGCAUGGGAAGUGUAGGCAGUCUGGUGGAGAGGCCGGAUGUUUCUCCGACUAAAGGCAACCGAGCAGUGCCUCAGGUGAGACCGAAACACAGCAACGGGCUCUUGAAGAAAGGCUUCACCCAGAGAGAGCUGCUCAACUACCUCAACAUCAACAGAAAAGAGCCUAAAGCGAGCCCGAGCAACGACGGCAAGAAGGAUAUUAUCCCGGGCCUCAGCGCUGUCAGCGCACGGGAGGAGGAUAACGUUUAUGCUAAGGUUUACCAUAAGGAUGGCACUGAGGUAGAUCUUACAAAGAACUCCCUGCCAAGCGCGGGCAAGUACGAAAAGGCACGUUUGAGGUCUUCGGCCUUUAAGCCUGUGACCCCCAAGAAUUUUAGCUCAAUGCAAAACCUCUACCCGUCUUCCAAAUCAGAGGACGUGGAUCAUGGCCUCUCUAACGGCUUGAACAGAGCGUACGCCCAUGUUCCCAAAGCGGUCUCCACCUCGUCUUCUUCUUCCUCACCGUCACGUCACGGAGGACCGACGUCAGCCGGCAACAAGGCCCUCUCCUCGGUGUGUGGGAUGGGCCAGGAAGAUGACAACUUGUCAGACUCGGGCCAUAACUCCAUGAGCAGCCUGCCGCCGUACCGACCUCCCUUCCGCCCACACCUGUCUCACAUCAGUGCAUCUAUGGGCCACAUCAAUACCAUCGGCUCCCUGGACCGCACCUCUCUGGGAAUGAAGGCUGUGGGGUCAGGGGGCAUGCCUAUUGGGGAGAUGGCAUGUCGAAGCAUGGCUACUCUGAGCCGUAUUGCUCCAUAUAGCGCGGAGGCUCCACCUCCUUAUGAAUGGACGCUCUCCCUGUCUGUGGAGGAGGUGGUGCGGGAUCUGGAGGAGCGCCUGGUGGAGAAAGAGCAUGAACUCAAGCAAAUGAAGAGAAACCUGGAUGAGAGCGAGGGCGCCAUCGCACAGGUGUUUGAAGGGAAGCAGCGUCUGUGGGAGAAGGAGGUGGAGGAGCUGAAGCGCCUGUAUGCUGCUAAGCUGCGUCAGGUUUCCCAGCAUGCCCAGCGUUCCCAGCGCAGCCUGCAGUUGCAGCUGUUUAAGGUCCAGCAGGAGAAGAACCGGCUGCAAGAGGAGCUCGACGGCAUGAGAAAGGAAAUGUGCCGGGAGGCUGGAGCAGUGCCCAGGCAAACCAGUCCGACUCUGGAGGAGACGCAGUGGGAGGUUUGCCAGAAGUCGGGGGAGAUCUCCUUGUUGAAGCAGCAGCUGAGGGACUCCCAGGCAGAGGUAACUCAGAAGCUGAGUGAGAUCUUCCAGGUGAAGACAGAGCUCAGGGAGACGCGAACAGAGCUGCGCAACAGGGAACGCCAGAUAGAUGCUUUAAAGCUUGUCCUGCAGGGGACACAGCGUCACAGACGACCUUCUCAGGCCGCACACGAAGACGAAAAAGAAGCUGAAGAGAAUCCAUCUGCUCGGGCGAUAGGAGGGUGCGGGGGCCCCACAGAGGAGCGUCUGCGCGCAGAACUGCUGCUGGAGCGACGCCAGAGCGAGGCCCAGGCCAUGGCUUUCGAGGAAGAGAGGCACACGUGGCAGAUGGAAAAGGACAAGGUCAUCCGCUACCAGAAGGAGCUGCAGGCCAGCUACUUAGACAUGUACCACCGCAACGAAGCGUUCGAGAGGGAAGUGCAACAGCUGAGGGCGAGCAGCGAGCAACAAGGUGGAGGAGCAGGCGGAGGAAGCAGAGAUGGCACUUUGGAAAAAGAAGCGCCAGAGCUUAGGAAAGAGAGAGCAGGUGACAAACAAGAGGACACACCUUCGCCUGGUCUGCCGUGGAUAGAGCGGAUCGAAUCAUCGGAAAUUUGACUGUGACCUACUUGUUUGCAAUGCAAAGUGUGUCUAUGGAAGACCAUAUCUGCCAGGACAAGGGGGAAAAAAAUCAAAUGAAUUGAUGUUGCUGUAAUAAAAUUGUGAGAUAACAAGCAAAUAUUUACUGAUAAUAAUAAUAAUAAUAAUAAUAAAAACUAAAAGACUUGUGUCAAAAUAAAGGAUAAAUGAUUAAAAAUUUUGAUUUAACAAGUCAAAACUGUAAAAUUAUUAGUCAGAUUUUAUACUUUGUGUGUAAUCCAAUUCUUGACUUGAACCGUAAGUCCAAAAACAUGUGAUACCAAACAUUCAGUCCAAAAACAAGCAUCAUACGCUAUCAUACGCUACUCCAAGUGAUGACCAUAAAAAAGACAAAAAUAGGUCAAAAUUUAAUGUGCUACAUUUUUUUUUUAAAUUAUCACAUCAAAAUUUAUAUCUAUUAUCCCAAAUUAAGUAAGUCAACCUGGACUUACUGAAGAGUAUUUAUUUUUAGCAUAAUUAGCUUUUCUUUGAUUUUUUUCUUCUUUUCAUGGUACAGAAGGACUUCCACAGACUGCUCACCCUUCUUCCAUCUCUUCCACUCCACCCUUGUUUAAUUAAAACCCUUUUCCUGCUAAAGCUGGACCCCCAACCUCACACAGAGCCAAGUGAUAUUGAGGUUCGUCUAUCCUUGUUGUGUUAACGCUGUAAAAAGAAAAAAAAUACAGCCAAGCACCUAAACGGUCCAACUUAAGACUUCUUUUUAUUGAUAACCCUGUAAAUGAGAAAAUUGACAUGAUGAUUGUGACUGCUUUGUGUUGAUUUGGGUUGAGCCUGACCGAUUAUACCAGGGGUCCCCAAUCCCAGUCCACGAGGGCCCUGCAAGUUUUAGAUGUGUCCUCGAUCCAUCACAGCUGAU